AUUUAUUCGUCAACGAGCGUCAAAAGUAGUCGUUCUGUAUUCAACGAUAACUUGUGCGUGGUGGUUGGGCCCAAUUUGGUACUCGCAUACAAAUCUUGAGGACGAGCUCACAUGUGUCAGAAAACAGAGUGAUUACAAUUUAAUUAAAUUUAGAUCAUUGGCGAUAUAGAAUGGCAGCAGCAGAGGUCAUUGACCCAGUGGAGAAUGAUGCCCAGUCGGAGCCAGUUGAAAAGAAGUCUACACGGAAGAAAGAUGUCUCAUAUCCAUUGAAAGUCAUUUACUGUGGUGUGUGUACAAUGCCAGUGGAAUACUGCGAGUUCAACCCGUCAUACAAGGAAUGUAAGGUGUGGCUCUCGGAUCACUUUCCCAAACUCUUUGAGAGAUUGAAUCUUGAAGAAGAAGAGGAGGGCAGUGAUGGUAAAAAAAAGAAACAGAAGAGAGGAGGAAGAGGUGUGAUGAAAGUUAAGAAGAAGAUGGAGCCUCAGACCGUGACAAUCGCGAGGAUACAGCGACAGAAAAAGAAAUACGUCACUGUUGUACGGGGAAUUGGCUCACAUGAUAUAGAUUUAAGGGACGCGUCCAAAGCUUUUGCAUCUCGGUUCUCAUGUGGUGCUUCUGUAGCGUCGGGGGAGGAUGAGAUUGUCAUUCAAGGAGACGUAACAGAUGAUCUUCUUGAUUUCAUCCCGGAGAAGUUCCAUAUUGAUGAAGACAGUAUAGAAGACAUCGGUGAUAUGAAGAAAUGAAACGGUCAUGACACGAUUCUCGUUCAAAUUAAACAAAAAUAGUAAAACAAAAUUCACUCUCCUUGACACUUGCAUGUCAAUGUCAGUCGACACCACUGGGUUUGCAUGUUAAUAUUGUCCUCUUGUUCUAAUUUAUCACAUUGUGGGGGAUGGCCUCCAGAGCACCCCCUAUCCCCACUCCACCCCCCCCCCCUCUAAUGAGAUUUUUUUAAAUCACAAGGAAGUUUUCGUUAUCACUUGCCUCAACCAUGCCUCAGGCACAUGCGGCGCACAAGUGUUGCUUAGUGGCUACAUAUUGAUUACUCAUUUUCCAUUUUGUUUGGCAUUUGGAAUGGCUUGGUGAACCUGAUCGAAGCCAAUAUAUACUAAUUAAUCGUUCUCAGGUUAUGAGAAUGGUGCUGUUGGUUGGUUCGCUGUGUCUAUGGUAUGAAUCUGUAGGCUGGUUGUUUCUGUCAAAACCCUGGUUGAUACUUCCUGCGAAUGCGAAGUGAAAAUUGACGUCACAAGUUCGCAACGAAUAACUUGCCACGGUUGAGCUGUGCUCAACUCUUGCGAAUUAUUUGCAGCGAAAACAGAGUUAUGACUUCAAUGUUUGCUUACGCAUUUGCAGGAAGUAUGAAACAGGCUUUAUGAGUGUGGAAUCCCACCCCUAGUCGGGUUUCCAUCUCAACCAGUGGAAGGCGCUGCUUGCAAACUGAUGUUGAUGCUGGCGAUGCUUCUGUGUUAAUGCAUUGAGUUACAUUGUUCUCGAAUGAAGUGUUAAAUCAUUACAAAUAUUUUGUUCCUUAUUCAACCUCAAAAACAUUGUAAACCUUUAAAGGCAGUGGACACUAUUGGUAA